AUGGCGACUUUGCUCAGUCAACCUCACGGUGAAGCCAUUGGAUAUUCCUUCACUCAGUCAACGAGUGUUCCGAACAAAGAGCAUUCAUUCUACCCGUACACCGACAACGGCGGUUCAACCUUGGGCAUCACUGGCUCCGACUUCGCUAUCCUUGCUGGUGACACUCGCUCCGUUGCAGGCUACAACAUCAACUCUCGAUACGUUCCGAAAGUUUUCAAAAUCGGAGGUGAUGAUGAAACUGGCGAGGGUGCUCACAUUCUUCUGUCGGUCGUGGGCUUCGCCGCGGAUGGCCAAGCACUCAAAGAAAGACUAGACGCUGUGGUAAAGAUGUACAAGUAUCAGCAUGGGAAGUCAAUGUCCGUCGGAGCUUGUGCUCAGCGCCUCUCGACGAUACUCUAUCAGAAACGGUUCUUUCCCUACUACGUGCAUGCUAUUCUAGCAGGCUUGGAUGAGGAUGGCAGAGGUGCAUUGUACAGCUACGAUCCAGUAGGGUCGUACGAGAGAGAACAAUGCAGAGCAGCUGGGUCUGCAGCGAGCUUGAUCAUGCCAUUCUUGGACAACCAGGUUAAUUUCAAAAAUCAAUACAUCCCUGGCAGUGGUGAAGGCCAUGCUCUGGAGCCCAAGAAAGCAGACCCACUGUCAAGAGAUACAGUUGAGGAGCUCGUACGGGAUGCUUUCACAAGUGCCGUUGAGAGGCAUAUUGAAGUUGGUGAUGGUCUACAGAUGAUGGUUAUUACUAGCGGAGGUAUAGAGGAGAUCUACUAUCCUCUGAAGAAGGACUAA